AUUAACGAUUACACAAAAUGAUUCCCCGUGGUUAUAAAAAGUCUCACAAAAAGAAUUCUUUAACGAGACUUUUUAAUGAAGAAAGCAAGAAUAUGGAUGAGGUAUUGAAUAACUGAGACAUGAUGUUCCAAAUGUUCUCUGUUCCGAGCAGCCCUCAUCCAAAUACCCGCAUCCAAGUAACUUCAGAUAUUUCAACAUCAAAGUUUGGGAAAGGCUCAGAAUAUUUGAUGAACAAGCACAAGUCACGUGUAAUCUGCCAUUCUAAAAAGAACUCCCAUAAUCACCAGCCAUUGGGUGAUCAAAAGGAUGUUUUAGAGCUUAAGAAGAACUUAUUUGGGACUUCUACCAAAGACACAAGGAAGAAGAAGGCUAAAUAAGAGUAGGAUAAUGAGUAUUGUCGAUGAAUAUACUUCCAAAACCUCUGCCCUCAAGAAGUCUUUUCAGAGCAACUGGUACAGAAAGGAAAAAGGCACUGAAUAUAUUGAAGAUGAUGACUGUUCAGUAGACAGUUAUCGCAACCCGAAGAGAAAGAACUUUGAUAAAAAUAGCUUGCUGUUUAAUGAAGAGAAAGACAGCGAUUAUACCUUCUCUGAGAGAUCAACAAAGCAUUAUCCCCUCAGAUCGAGGAAGAAUGAUCGCAAUUUUAGCAGUUACUGCAAAAAUGAAAGAAAGAACUCUUUUAAUUUCUCGAAGAAACCAAAAAUGUAUAAAGAAAUUAGACUAGAGAAGCCUAGUUCUUUUAGUUCAUUCUGACAAGAGCAAAAACCAGCUGGCAGGAGAGAAAAAUAUGACUCUAAUAAUUAUUGCGAUAUGGGGCAGAGAGAUCAAGGAUAUAUAACUCAUAGAUCUAGAAAACAAGAACCGCAUAGCAUGUACCAAAGUAUUGAGCAAAACUCUCAAUAUUCACACAGAGAACGGUCCAGAAGAGGAACCUCAUCUAGGAGUCCUUACGCUGGGCUUUCUUCAAGGUCAAAACCUCGGUCUAGACUCAGCCAAGACACUGCUCCUGAGAGUAUUACUGAUAAAGAAAAAUAUUUCUCAAUAGAGAUGCUUGAGAAUGUCAUUACUGAGAUGAAAAAGAAGGACAAAGAAGAAACUGAAUCUCCUGUGAAUCCCCAAAAUGAUAAGAAUGUAUCAAAAGAGUUGGAUAAAUCAGGCCUGACAAGCAGUGAAUCGAGUAUACUCUGUGAAAGCUCUUCUAUAAUCAAGGAAUUAGAUUUAUUGCAGAAGGAUUUACCUGAUGAUUUGAAAUCGAAAAAUCCUCAACUGCUGUUAGAUCAAAUUUUAUCACCGAUAAAGGAGAUGGAGAGCUUCGAUACACGGCAUCUGGAUCAGAGCUUGCAUAAGUCUAUUCUAGCGAGCUCCAAAAAUUCACCAAAUAGAGUUCUUGAGAGAAAGAACCCCGGUGUGAAUAAGCAUAUUGAACAGGAAAAGAGCUCUUCUGGUGGAUUAAGCGAAUUUUAUUUUACAAAUAAACUUCCUCCGAAGAGCCCUAAUGACUCUGAGACAUGCAACCAUGUCAACAUUAGCAUGCUUGAGAGUGGAGAAACACUUCCCAACAAGCCUGAAGCAGGAAAGGAGAACUUGUAUGCUAUCAAAAGGAUCAAGAAAAGAGGGAGUCUUCUUGAAAAAGAGAAUAAAGAACAUAAAACUCAUUCUUAUUGAACAGAACUGUCUACAAAGAAGAAAGAAGAUAAAAUUUCAAACUCACGUUAUUGGAAUUCUUUGUUUGCAAAUAACAAAACUAUAUUGAAGAAAAAGAGCUUGGCUAAACAAAGUAGCAAGUUUAGGGAUUUUGAUGAGGAGAAAAGGAGAAAUAGGUUACUCUUACAGCCUGUUUACGAGACUAGCUCUGAUCAUACUCGUUCCUAUGGGCUAUCUGAACAACAGAAUGCCUCAAAUAUAUCUAAUAAACGGAUAUCUUAUCCCUUGCGCUCCUUUAGAGGAAUAGGAUAUAAUUUGUAAAUGUAGAUUUGUAAGUAAAGCCAGUCUCAAUAAGGUCAAUAACUAUAAGGACUCCAUCUCUUUGUAGAAUGCAAAGAGUGAGAAGUGGAAAUUAUGAACUACAGAUAUAUUGAGACUUCAUUUCACCAUUAAGGAAAGACGAGGGUGAUCCAAACUCCUUUAUAUCCAAAGGAAAGUCUAUCUCACUUCUCAACUGCUAAGCAGAUUGCAAAGCUAUAUCUAAUUUUGACCUUAUAAUAUUCUAAAA